CGCGGUGCAGAGUAUGGUCUUAUGAGUCAAAUUGGGGUUUAAAUAUUAAUUGAUAGAUAUUUUCAUUUAAAUUGAAACAUGUCAGAGUCUCCAGACGCUCAUAGUUUGGUGUCUGCGUCUUCGCAGCUCAAUCUGAUGGACAUAGAGCCGAUUGAUGAUAAGGAGUUUGACAUUCCCCAAGUGGACACACCGCCUACCUUGGAGAGCAUCCUCAAUGAGCUGGAGGAUGAAGAGGAGCCAUUUGUGUUGGAGGACAACUGUCUUCUGAACACAGAGAACAUGGACGCUCACUCGUGUGAGACCUCCUCCCUGGCCAGCUCUGAUAGUGGAGAGCCAGCACAUCUCAAACGGAAGAAGAGAACGGUGGAGAUGAAUGCGACGGUGCAUGGCUCUGUUCUCCGUCACAGUCUGCUGAAGGGGAUUUCUGCCCAGAUCGUCUCUGCUGCCGACAAAGUCGAUGCUGGACUGCCAACUGCUAUAACAGUGUCUGGGGUGAUUGCUGUUGGAACGUCACAUGGACUCGCGCUGGUGUUUGAUAACAGCCAGGCUCUGCGUCUCUGUCUGGGUUCCACUGCGACGGGGGCAGAGUUUGGAGCUGUAUCUGCCCUCAGCAUCAACCAAGACUGCUCCAGGCUGCUCUGCGGCUUUGCCAAAGGACAGAUUACCAUGUGGGAUCUCGCCAACGGAAAACUACUGAGGACGAUUACUGAUGCUCACCCUCCAGGAACAGCUGUGCUUCAUGUGAAGUUCACAGAUGACCCUACCCUGGCAGUGUGCAAUGACAGCGGUGGAUCAGUGUUUGAACUCACGUUUAGGAGAGUGAUGGGAGUGCGUUCCUGUGACUCUCGCUGUCUGUUCAGUGGUUCUAAAGGAGAGGUGUGCUGUAUUGAGCCUUUACACACUCCUCCAGACCUCAAAGACCACCCCAUCACACUCUACUCUUUGCUGGCCAUGGGCUCGCUCACCAAGAUUUUAGUGAUUGGAUUGAAGCCCUCCCUCAAAGUCUGGAUGACUUUCCCAUAUAGUAAGUCUGAUCCGUCCAGUGUUCCUCAGCUGGCCUGGCAGUUUGUUCCUGUUCAGAAGACAGUUAAUCCCGUCCUGGCCUUCUGUAGAGGAGACACCAUCAACUUCCUCCUGGUGAAGAAAGAGGAGACGGGGACCAUCCAUGUCAUCAAACAGAGACAGCUUCAUUUGAACUGUGACAUCAUCAGCCUGAGCUGGAUCAACAGUCGGACCUUGGUCCUGGUGGACAGCCAUGAGAAGCUGCAGGUUGUGGACCGACCGAGUCAGGAGGUUCUUGAGACGAUGGACUUGGACCAGGUGCAACUGGUCUAUAACAGCCGACACUUUAAAUCGCUGGCCACUGGUGGCAACGUCUCACAGGCACUGGCUUUAGUGGGAGAAAAGGCCUGUUACCAGUCAGUCUCAAGCUACGCAGGACAGAUCGUCUAUUUGGGCACCAAGUCUGCUCACAUCAUGACUCUGAGGAACUGGAGAGAGCGUGUAGACUGGCUGUUGAAACAGGAACACUUUGUGGAGGCACUCAAUCUCGCCUGGUCCUUCCAUGAAGGCACCGCCAAAGCUGUGGUUGGUCUGUUUGGCGAUCCCGUCAAGAGGAAAGCUGUGGUCGCUGACAAGAUGGUAGAAAUCCUGUUCCAGUUUGCUGACCGCUCAUUAAAGAAGUGUCCGGAACAAGGAAAGAUCCAAGUCAUGGAGCAACACUUUAAGGAUGUGGUGCCUGUGAUGGUCGAUUACUCCCUGUUGCUAUGCAGGACUGACCUCCUGUUCAACCAGCUCUACACUCACCUGGUGGAGAAUGUGGUGGCUAAAGGCGUUUUUCUGGAGUCACUGGAGUCUUACAUCGUCACCGAGCGUCUGGGUCACCUGACCACCCCCGUCAUGAGGGACCUGCUUGCUCAUUACCAUGGUAAUGGGAUGAUGGAGAGCCUGGAGAGCUGCAUCGUGCAUCUGGACGUAACAAGUCUGGACAUACAGCAGGUGGUUCGGCUGUGUUGGGAGAACCAGCUCUAUGAUGCCAUGAUUUACGUUUUCAACAGUGGCAUGAAUGACUAUAUUACACCUAUGGAGAAACUCUUUGCAGUGAUUGGCCCACCUCUGAGAAAGGGGAGGAGCUUGACAGAUGAGCAAGUGGUUAUGGGAAAUAAGCUGUUGGUGUAUAUAAGCUGUUGUCUGGCAGGUCGAGCAUAUCCCAGAGGAGACAUCCCUGAAGAUCUGGUUCCCCAAGUCAAGAACCAGGUGUUUGACUUCCUGGUUCGUCUCCACUCCACUGACUCUUCUGAAGAGGAGGUGUUUCCUUUCAUCCGGACACUGCUCCACUUUGACACCAGGGAGUUCCUCAACGUACUCGCCCUGGUGAGCUACAACACCAACCAGGAAACACAACCCAACACACAGACAUUUGAAGACUUUAAGAAUGACAAGCAGGCCCUGGAGUACCAGCAGAGGAUCGUGGACAUUUUACUGAAGGUCAUGGUGGACAACCCUGACUUUACUCCUUCUCAGGUUGGCGGACUCUUCACAUUUCUGGCACGGCAACUGGCAAAGCCAGACAACACGCUGUUUGUCAACAGGAAGCUCUUUGACCAGGUUCUUGAAUUCCUUUGUAGCCUCGAUGAUGACUCUCGUCACACUGAAAGACAGCAGGUGCUGUUGGAGCUGCUGCAGGUCGGCGGUGUUGUCCAGUUUGAUGAAGGACGGCUGUUGGUGCUGGCAGAGAAGGCCGAGUUCUACCAAAUCUGUGAGUUCCUCUAUGAAAAGAAACAUCUGUAUGACCGAAUCAUCGACUGUUACCUCAGAGACCCUCUGAGGAAGGGGGAGGUUUUCAGUUACAUCCACAAUCUGCUCUCCAUGCCUGGCUACAGCCCUGAGGAGAAACGCAUGGUGUGGGACAAAACACUGCAACACACACAGGAGCUGGUGACCCUUGACCCCAGCAAGUCAGCUGACCUGGUGUCAUUUCACUUUCAUGAGGAGGUGCGGCCAAUCAUUUCCCAGCUCAGGGAUGAUGAGCUACUUUUCCAGUUUCUUGGGUGUCUCCUGGAGCCAAGGGAAGGAGAUCAUGCGGGGACUGCCCUGACUCUUGAUCCCGAUCUCCAUGAGCUGCAGGUGGGGUUAAUCUGCCGCUUUGCCCCCCAGGAGCUCCUCUCCUUCCUCCACACAUCCCAGCACUACAGACUGGAGGAGGCCAUCCAGAUAACUCAACAGUUUGACCAUUCUGAGGCUACAGCCUUUUUACUGGAGAGGAAAGGAGAUGCACAGGGAGCAUUCACUGUCCUGCUCAAGACGCUGAAGGAGAAGCUGACCUUGCUCACCUCUGAGAGCGACGAAGAGUGUGAAGGAGAUGAUGAAGGAAAAUUGCGAGAGGAGGAGGGAGAGUCUUCACUGAGGAAGGUAGUAACUUCACUGGAUGACAUCAUCGCCUUAUGUCAUCGCAGCUCUCAGAACCUUGACCAGCAACAGAGAGAGGUCCUCUGGUUUCCCCUUUUGGAGGCCAUGAUGGCUCCACAGAAAUUACUAAAAGGACCAAAGGCCAAACAAACAUCUGAUGCAUUGAAAGAAUUGACUAUGAAGGUCCUGAACAGUAUGAGCAGCUUCAUCCCUCUGCCUGCCAUCAUCCAGCGAAUACUACAGGAUCCAGUUUAUGGAAAAGGAAAGCUGGCAGAGAUCCAAGGCCUCAUUCUGGGCAUGCUGGAGACAUUUAAUUAUGAACAGACAUUACUAGAGACAACCACCAGUCUGCUGAACCAUGACCUUCACUGGUCCCUGGCUCACCUCCAUGCUGUUGUCAGCAGGGGGCUCCACCCACGACAGGACCACUGCAACAUCUGUCUGCAGCAGUACAAGAGGAGGCAGGACUCCCCGGAGGAGAUAAUCAUAUUCAGUUGUGGUCACCUGUACCACUGUCAGUGUCUUCAGAGGAAGGACUGUGGGAGUGGCCUAACCUCCAACCAACAAGGCUGGAGCUGCUUCAAGUGUUCCUCCAAUCAGGGAGGGAGGGGCGGAGUCAGCACUGAGGCAGCCAGGAUCCGCAGCACCUCUUUGGCACAGACACAUGUGUCAUCAGUGCAUCGUGAGACUGGAGCAGAGGCUCAUGGGAAAAAGGUGUUUGUGGACGUGGCUUUGGACGCCCAGCAGACGCAGUCCUGGGACCAGCUGCGCUCUUUAUAUCGAGGACCUUCCAGGUUGACCAUCCUCUCUGAACUCUCUGGUUGUCAUAGCAGCGAGAAGGCAGGGCUUUUAAACCCCACCCAACCAGGAACAGGAAGUAUUUUUCACAGUGAGAACUUUCAGCUCAAACUUUCUCCUCCACCGCUGGUUGAAGAAUAACAACACGGUAGAAAGACUCAAAAGUGAACUUUGAAACCUACAUAUACAUUUUAUUUGGUCAAAAAAAAGAGACAACUUCUCAGUUUCCCAUUUUUGCUGCCUGGUUCAGCCAAUGGGAGAGGCUGGGUGCUCCAAACAAUUUUGAAUGGAUUCUUAUUCAAAGCCUCAGUCUGGGUCUGGACAUUAAGGCCAUCUGAAACAAACAUGAACAUCUUCUCUUUUUGUUGUUCUGGAAAGUUAACCAGCUCUGCUUUCAUACCAAAAGCUCUGGACCAGCCGGUGAAACUGAAAACUCGUAAUAACUCUUACAAUACUUGCUUCAAUCCACAGCAAAGGCCAAGGUCAGGGCUGAAUAGGUCAUUAUGCCGUUAAUGGGUGUGAUUACUGAUGGAAUCACUAAGUUACUAAUGAAUUCACAUCAUGAAGCUGAACGUUGUGAGGCCUGCUGGGACAUUUAAAGGAGCUCUUCUGUCUGGGCGCACCAGUCUUCGUUAUUAGUUUUCCAUCCAACCUGUUGUGGAUACCGGACUCCUCUUUACUCCUCUUUAACAGGACAGCAGACAGCGGAAGAUCUUGUCAUUGAAAACCUAAAAGUCUAACACUAAACACUAAAAGCUUCCAGUGCUUCAACGUUGCACAUCAGUCCAUCCAUCGUUCUGAAGCCAAAAGAAGGAAAGCCGAGCCGGUCAGAAAGGUUUCUGGUGAUUUCAUAUUCAAGUCCAGGAACUAAACAUCUUGUUGGAAACCACGUCCUGAUGCUGUUGGAAUAUCUUGAUCCAAAUUUGGAUUUAUCAUUUUUGUGUCGAUGCUGUUUUCAGGUGUAUAAAACAUAUCUGUGUCUGCUUUGGUUGGAAGGGUGCAGAUGUUUUCAUGGCCUGUCGUUUUGCAUGUACCUAUCAAAUCCUAAUAAAGUAAAAAUUU